AUGACUUUAUCAGAGACGCUGGUAUUAGACUUCAAGAGUGCUGAAGCCAAGGCUGCCGCUGAUGCUGAUGCUGCUGCGGCUUCUACUGAGGCUGAGGCAAAAGCUAAAGCCGACGCUGAAGAAGUAGCUCGUAUUGCUGAAGAAGCAGCUGCCAAAGCCAACGCUGAUGCACUGACUCAAGGGGAGCACUCCAACUUUGGGUUCGUCCCUCUAGUCUUGAAGACUCUAGAGGAACUGCAGAAAGAACAACCGUCACCCUCUGGCAUUCCACCACCCAACACUUAUGUUGCCUCCAUCACUCCCACACUCAAUCUCAGUGCCCCAAACUCACCUUAUCCACCCUCCUCAGCCUCUGCCACUGAACCAGAAACUACCCUUCCUACCCUUAAAGAAGCAAUACAGCGGAUCAGAGAAGCUGAAGCCAAGGCUUCCGCUGAUGUUGCUGCUACUGAGGCUGAGGAAAAAGCUAAAGCCGACGCUGAAGAAGCAGCUCGUAUUUCUGAAGAAGCAGCUGCCAAAGCCAACGCUAAUACACUGACUCAGGGGGAGCACUCCAACUCUGGGUUCGUCCCUCUAGUCUUGAAGACUCUAGAGGAACUGCAAAAAGAACAACAGUUAUUGAAUGUGUUGGUGUAUGUAAUUUUGAAUAGAAAUAUUAGUUUUCUAGGUGCUGUACGAAAUAUGGCUUAUAUUUUGCAAGACUUGCUUUUGUUUGUGGUGGGUUGGGAUGAUGCUAUUUUGGCCUGCGAUGUAAUCAAUGAUAAGCACACAAGAAUUGAAUCAAGUCAGUAA